UCGUCGUCAUUUCCUCCGUUUUCCCUUCUUGCGGAAUUAAUAAAGCGCAAACUCAGAUCUCACUGAUUUGAAGAGAAAAAACGCAAUGAAGAUGCUGCUCCUCUUACUCGGAGCUCUAAUCCUCUCCAGCGUCGGCUAUGUCAGAUCCGACGCCUCCGACCACCGCUACAAGGAAGGAGACAUCGUUCCUCUAUACGCCAACAAGGUCGGCCCAUUCCACAAUCCAAGUGAGACGUAUCGUUACUUUGAUCUUCCCUUCUGUGUUCCAGAGGGUGUGAAAGAGAAGAAGGAAGCCUUUGGAGAGGUUCUGAACGGCGAUCGCCUCGUCAGCGCUCCAUACAAGCUCAACUUCAGAGACGAAAAGGACUCCGAAGUCUACUGCAAGAAGAAGCUGAGCAAAGAAGAGGUCAAAAAGUUCCGGCAAGCCGUUGAGAAAGACUACUACUUCCAGAUGUACUACGACGAUCUCCCCAUCUGGGGGUUCAUUGGCAAAGUCGACAAGGAGAUCAAAUCUGAUCCGAGCGAGUACAAGUACUUCCUCUACAAGCACAUCGAGUUUGAGAUUCUGUACAACAAUGACCGUGUGAUUGAGAUCAGUGCUAGGAUGGAUCCACACUCGCUUGUUGAUCUUACUGAGGAUAAAGAAGUGGAUGCUGAGUUUAUGUAUACGGUGAAGUGGAAGGAGACGGAGACUCCGUUUGAGAAGAGGAUGGACAAGUACUCCAUGUCUUCUUCUCUUCCGCAUCACUUGGAGAUUCACUGGUUCUCUAUUAUUAACUCGUGUGUCACUGUGCUGCUUUUGACUGGGUUCCUUGCUACCAUCUUGAUGCGUGUCCUCAAGAAUGAUUUCACCAAGUAUGCUCAAGACGAGGAAGCUGCUGAUGAUCUGGAGGAAACUGGGUGGAAGUACAUUCAUGGCGAUGUGUUUAGGUUCCCAACGCACAAUUCUUUGUUUGCUGCAUCACUUGGUAGUGGUACUCAACUGUUUACCCUGACCAUAUUCAUUUUCAUGCUUGCUCUUGUUGGAGUGUUCUACCCGUACAACCGAGGAGCACUCUUUACCGCUUUGGUGGUCAUUUACGCUCUAACCUCUGGAAUUGCUGGAUACACAUCCGCCUCUUUCUACUGCCAACUUGAAGGCAAAAGCUGGGUGAGAAACUUGUUACUCACCGGAUGUCUCUUCUGUGGUCCUUUACUCCUAACCUUCUGCUUCCUCAACACCGUAGCCAUCACCUACACAGCAACCGCAGCACUACCCUUUGGAACCAUCGUUGUUAUCGUCCUUAUAUGGACACUAGUCACGUCGCCUCUACUCGUCUUAGGUGGCAUCGCUGGUAAAAACAGCAAAGCUGAGUUCCAAGCGCCCUGCCGUACGACCAAGUACCCCCGCGAGAUCCCGCCGCUCCCUUGGUACAGAAGCGCUGUUCCUCAGAUGGCCAUGGCUGGUUUCCUUCCUUUCAGUGCCAUCUACAUCGAGCUUUACUACAUUUUCGCUAGUGUCUGGGGUCACCGGAUCUACACCAUCUACAGCAUCCUAUUCAUCGUCUUCAUCAUCCUCAUCAUCGUCACUGCGUUCAUAACCGUCGCUUUGACUUACUUCCAGCUCGCUGCUGAAGAUCACCAAUGGUGGUGGAGAUCAUUCCUAUGCGGUGGGUCGACCGGUUUGUUUAUCUACGCCUACUGCUUAUACUAUUACUACGCUCGAUCAGACAUGUCUGGAUUCAUGCAAACAUCGUUCUUCUUCGGAUACAUGGCUUGCAUUUGCUACGGGUUCUUCUUAAUGCUCGGGACUGUCGGCUUCCGCGCUGCACUUUUCUUCGUUCGUCACAUUUACCGGUCGAUCAAAUGCGAGUAAGAAGUAUUUUAUCUUCUUACGUCUGGUUCUCUUCUUCUUCUUCUUCGGCCUCCUUAUGAAUUUUUGGUAGAACAAUGAAAGAUAAAGAGAUAGGUUGUUAGAAAGAAGAGAGACACAAUGACAAUGUCAAUGUCUGAUUGUUUCCUGAAAAAGCAUAUCUUCUCAGUCUCUCUCUUCUUCUCUCGUUAUUUUGGGAUACAGAAAUUAAAAUUACUUACGUGUGUAUCCUUUUCUAUAUAUUUUAUGGAUUGUAAAAGAUGAUCAUACCUUCGGACUAUUUUUUUUGUAUGUAAUAAAUGUCAAAGCUCUUAUUCAA